AUGGUUCAGGACGAGUGCCAGGCCUGGAGGGGCGGGGCGGGGCGGGGCCGGGAGCUGCCCAGUGGCUGGAACCCCAGGCUAGGCCUUUGGGGAAACGGACCCUCACCCUCAGCCCCAGCCAAGAAGGGCGAGCAGGAAUUUGAGCUGGCCCCAUGGGAGCUUCUUCCAUGCCUGUGUGAUGCAGCCUCUUGCAGGGAUGCCCGUCCUUGGGAUGCGGCCAUAGCCUUGACCCUGGGAUUCUGGAGCCCUGACCUUAACCCAGGGGCCAAGAGCUCCCUCUUGGUGUUGCAGGCACAUAAAGAUGCAGGGAGAGAGGCCAGAUGGGGUUGAGGAUUUGGUCUUUUGGAUUCCAUUUUUGGAAAGGAUGGUGUAUUAAACCAGCCAAACAGUGUCUUAGGACUUAUAUUUUAUAUACUACAGCUAUUACUUGGCAUGACAGCAAGCACCGUGGCGGCUUUGAUCCCCAUGACGUCCUCCAUCAUGUCGGUCGUGGGGUCCCUGUACCUGGCCUACAUUCUGUACUUUGUGCUGAAGGAGUUCUGCAUCAUCUGCGUCGUCACGUACGUGCUGAACUUCCUUCUUCUCAUUAUCAACUACAAACGACUAGUUUACUUGAACGAGGCCCGUGCGCCUGAGUGGCAGCUGCAGCCCAAGGCAGGACGACCUGCCCGACAGAUCUCUGCCCUUCAAACCAAACCGUAUUAUGACUUGGAAAGACCCAGUCUAAGCCCCGUCGUCCGCGUGGGAAGCCAGUGUUCUUGCCUCAUUGUCUUCUUUCUGCAUAAACCACCUCGGAUUCUACAAUUUACGUGGUGUUUUGCAGUCAAGAUACCUGGAUUUGUAACCUUCAGGGCUGACAUGCUGGCGCAGUUUCGCUUCAAUUGCGACGAAUAG